AUGCGCUAUAUUUAUUUCGACCCUAAUAUUUUAAGAAAGUACGCUCCUAAGGCGGGUAAAUUCCCUCCUUUAAAGGAAGUGCCUACUUACAAUUUAAAGGAAUACUUCUAUAAUUUAUUUAAAUAUAUAUAUUAUAACAGAGACGCCUUUAUAUCAUUUACCUUUAUAACCUCUAAAGGUAAAAAAACGGUUUUAAAUGCUAUAAGUAAAAUUAUUAGAAGCGGAGACCUAGAUAAUUCUAAUAGAGAUUCUAAUAAAUCUAUAGCCUUUAAAGGUUUAAAGAAUAGCGGUCCGCUUAACCCCUAUAAUUAUUAUUCCUAUUUUACCGAUAGAAAGUGUUCUAUUAAGGAGGAGAGUAUUGGAAAAUUCUAUAAUGAUAAUAAAAAGGAUAAAGUAACUUUUAAUAUUUGGAAGACCUUUAUAGAAUUUAAUAAUUUGGAAAUAAAUACUAUUACUUCUAAGGUUGUAAUAAAGAUUCCGGUAUUCGAACGUCCUACUCCUAAGGAAAUAAGAGAAUUUAUUCGUAAAGGCCGUUGUUUUAAUUGCUAUAAGAAAGGUUAUAUAAGUAGCGAAUAUUCCUAUAAGGAAAAGUUCGUUAAGUGUUUCGAUGCUUAUUUGAAUUCUAUUACUAAUAUUAUUUAG